UGUGACGUGUGAAAAAAACUCAAAUUACAAGUGGCCACUGCGUCACAAGGAAUGGCAGACAUCUCGCACUAUGGUCCCGCCGCUGGUGAUGCCGCGUCUUCGCCGUUAUACCGGGCGUUAUGUGUGCGUUCUGGCAAUGUAAUUGCACUGGGGAUGCAGAAGAGCGCGUCCGUGAAUUGCGCCGGUAUGGCGCUUUUCCGGGUUUUCCAGGGCAACGUGGAGGUGUUGGGCUUUUGUCCUCCUCUAGGCGUGUAUUUCUCGCUGCAUUCGCCCAAGUGGAACAAUCUACUGGUGAUCGAGGGUCGACCUGGCAAUGAAGAGACUCAAGCGCCUUUCGGACCUACAAAUGCUAGUUUGUUGCAAAUUAUGGAGCCAAAUCUCCCGGCGGAAGCUGUGAACGAGGACGAAGAGAUUGCGGUGGACAAACUGGCCAUGCAACUGGUGGACGACUUCCCCAUCGUGUUGGUGCUGCGAGCCAUCCCUGUCACGUAUGGGAAUGUUACAAGUUUCUAUGAAAAUACAAGACCAGAGAGGCCGUCGGCUGUGCUACCUGGUUUCAAGAUGAUCAUCUCAAAACACAACCAGAACAUGCUAAGCGAGCUAACUGCAGGCUUCGACUACACAAGCGCUGCACCUCCGAACGCAGACCCGUCGCAUCAUGAUUGGAAGUCACCGGAGCGAGUACUAGCAGAGCUUGUGGUCGUGGAUUCUGUCAAAACGCUGAAUUUCACGGAGCCCUGGCAAGCAACAGUGGACAGACUGGAAAAGAGUCUAGUGGACGAGAACCCACAGAAGAUUGUCGUGUGUGGCGGCAAGGGCGUGGGGAAGUCAACGUUUUGUAGAUAUCUGGUGAACAGGUUACUCUCGAAGUUCGGCACUGUGGCGUUCCUGGACACAGACUUGGGACAGAGUGAGCUUACUCCGUCGGGUCUUGUGGCACUUCAUGCCCUGAGCACCCCACUACUUGGACCGGGAUUCGCGCACAUGAAACACCCGGUCCGGUCAUUCUUCUGCGGCAACACAAACCCAGGCAAUGAUCCGUUGUACUACAUGAAGGCAGUCAAGAGUUUGCUGCGUCUGUACGAAGUCAAAUGGGGAAGACAAGACCAGGAUAACUCUAACUCCAGCGAAAGACCAAGAGCAUGUGUACCGCUGGUGAUCAACACAGACGGGUGGAUCAAGAGCAUGGGCCACGACUUGCUGUGCAACGUCAUCCAGGAAACGAACCCGGACCACGUCGUGCAGCUUCUAGCCGCGACGAAGAACAAACAGUUCGUUGUUCCCACAGAAGGCAGAUGGCGUAUCCACGCUGUCCCGCCUUGGGACCCCGUGGGUGUGACACAACCUCCGAGAAGCUCCAAGGAGCUGCGAGUCUAUCGUUUCCACUCGUAUUUCCUGUCUCGCGCGCGCUGUGAUCUCCCGCGGUCACAGCUACAAAAUCUCCAAGUCUUGUCCGAGAAGAACCGCGUAGACAGCGAUAUCUACCGCGCGUAUGCUCGACUCACGCCCUUCGCCGCGUCAUUCGACCACGUGGAUGUCGCUUUCGCUGGCUCCUCUGUGGCUCCGAGUCAACUCCUUUUCUCCCUCAACGCCAGCGUCGUUGGGCUCUGUAUCAACCCCGACUACAAGGCAAUUGAAUCCGAGCCGCGUGAGGGACCGCCUCGUAUCGUACUGCAACCUGUUCACGCUCCGUGUCUUGGCGUUGGGAUCAUUCGUGCGGUGGAUGCGGCCAAACGUCAACUGUUCGUCGUGAGUCCACUACCCCUGUCCAUAUUGAAGCGAAUCAACCUUUUGGUACGCAGCAGCAUGCCGCUUGACAGCAUCUUAUUAUCGGCUCAAGAACCUGCCCAAGCCCCAUACGUUGUCACCGACGUCGUCGCAUCCGACGGCACCGGAUCUGCUGUCAUGCAGAGCCGCAACAACCUCAAACGUAAGCGUGACGGCAAGUAAUAGCCUCGGAAAGAACGAUAGAUUAUCGCCAUUUCAAGUAGUUAGUCCUCGUUUCUAGCUGCUGAUGACGCAGAUCUCGUUGUGUUUGGCGUCUUGAUAGCGUGUUAGACAUUCGUCCACGUCUCCCUCUGGUUCAGGCCACGUCUCUAGCGACAGUGCGAGCUCUCGCCUUCCUUCGCAC